AUGGAGAGAAGCCCGGUGGCUGGGAAUCCAAACGGCUUCUCCCCGUCCAGCCAGGAGGAGUCUGGGUCCUUGUCCCUGAUCCACCGGCCCACCUGGAACCAGCUUCUCUACAGACACCCACCCCUGCCCAGGGCAGGGGGCGACAACAGGCAGGAAGGUGGGGAGACUGAGGUCCGCCUGAGAGAGGUUCCCACUCCCCUCGGGCUAAGCACCUGUCCCCACCGGCUCCCCCCCUCCCAUGCCCCUUACUUGGAUCCCGCUCUAUCUGCGGGCGGGGUGGCGCCCAGCCAGGGCCACCGGGUCUCCCCGGGCGGCGUCGGGGGCGCACGCGGGAUGCUCGGGGCCGCGGCCGCCGCCUCUCGGUGUCUUCUCUACGCCGGCGGCAGAGGGCUCUGUGCGCUGCGCUGCGCCGCCGGCCCGACUUUUAGCAGCGGCACGUGGGUGGCAGCCGCUCACCCAGCUGGCGGGCUGUGGGGCAGCUAUGGCCCGGGCUAUGGGCUCAGGCGCCUGCCAAUCCCCGUCUGGGACCCGCUCGGAGGCGCCCGUGCACCCCCGGGAUGGCCGCGAGGCGUGUCCUACGGCGGAUGCUCCAGGGAGUUCCAAGGCCUGCAGCUGGAGCGCGAGGCAUGCCUGGCUUCUAACUACGCGCUAGCCAAGGAGAAUCUGGCGCUGCGUCCCCGCCUGGAGAUGGGCCGCACUGCCCUGGCCAUCAAGUACCAGGAGCUCCGGGAGGUGGCCGAGAGCUGUGCAGACAAGCUGCAGCGCCUGGAGGAGAGCAUGCACCGCUGGAGCCCCCACUGCGCGCUGGGCUGGCUGCAGGCUGAGCUGGAAGAAGCUGAGCAGGAGGCUGAGGAGCAGAUGGAGCAGCUGCUGCUGGGGGAGCAGAGCCUGGAGGCCUUCCUGCCCGCCUUCCAGCGAGGCCGGGCCCUGGCCCACCUGAGGCGGACCCAGGCGGAGAAGCUGCAGGAGCUGCUGCGGCGCCGGGAGCGGUCGGGGCAGCCGGCCCCCACGGCUGCCGCAGAGCCCCCCAAGUCCUUCCCCGCUGCUGCAGUCCUGCCCACUGGGGCUGCCCGGGGGCCGCCGGCAGUGCCCCGGAGCUUGCCCCCCUUGGACUCCCGCCCAGUGCCCCCACUGAAGGGCUCCCCCGGGUGCCCCCUGGGCCCAGCCCCUCUGCUGAGCCCUCGGCCCUCGCAGCCAGAGCCCCCCCACCGGUAGGAUCCAGGGUAUGGCCCCCCCAUGGGGGGCCCAGACAAACUUGAUGCGUGGCUCCUCCUCCUCCCCCACUGCCUGGGUGGGGGGAGGGGCAGGCCCCUCCCCCUGGCCCUAGGCAGGCCCUGGCCCUGGAGGCUGAGCUGGGGAGGAGGGUCCACUGGGAGAUGCCCAGAGAGAGGGCUGGGGGUGGGGUGGGCAGGGUCUGAUGCCUCUGGCGCUGAGGAAUCUCUGCCUUUUUUUUUCUCCCCGGCUGGGGCCUCCCGGGUGAUGGGCCAGCCCCAGUGCAAGAACUUGACUCAUGGGGGCCUGGGAAGUUGCCCGCUUCCCUCAAGGGGCCCUGCCUAGGGGGCCCUACCGCCCCUGCCCCUCCACUGGGCUCGCACAAUGCCACGGCUGACAGGAGUGUUUUCCAUCAUGUCCUCAGCCUACCUUUCCCCCAGUGCUGGGGUCCACCACCUAGGAGCCGGGGGGUCAGGCCCCAGAGGUGGGGGCAGGGACACCACGGCCAUGGGGCUGCUACUACCUGCCCCGCUCAGGCUCCAGACCCUGGGGCGAGGUAGGCCAGGGGCUUCUGACCUGCAGGGGUGAGAGUGGGCCAUCCCCUGGAAAGACCAUUCUGUAUUUUUCUGUCCCGUCUCCUUAGAAUGGAAGCUUUUUGAGGGCAGGUCCUUGUCUUUGUAUGUUCUGUCCCCAGCCCCGCCUCCCAGGGGCCGUCAAUAAAUGUGAUGAUGAGGAUGA